AUGGAUCAACUCACGAAAUUCUUAGCUGACAAUCCCCAUAUCCGCCAUGCGACACGGGAGUCGCCCGACUUCGCUGAACUACGCUCCGCAUUCAUUAUUGAUGAAAAAACAUCGCCAGCGAUAAUCAUUCAGCCUCCCUCCGCCGAGGAUGUUGCCGCCCUUGUCUCUGUCGUGACACGCAAUGGCUUGCCCUUCACCGUACGAGUGGGCGGCCACGACAUGUUUGGUCGAUCUCAGAUUCAAGACGGCGUGACAAUUGACCUCCGUGCGCUCUCCUGGAUUGAAGUCGAUACUAAAACACAGACUGCUCGUCUCGGGGGUGGCGUUAUCACCAUGGACAUGCUCAGAGAACUACAACAAUAUCACAUGACCACGCCUCACGCGGUCACCCCAACAGUUGGCUAUGUUGGGUGGGCAACCUACGGAGGGUAUGGUUUACUCAGUGCCACAUAUGGGCUUGGAGUAGAUCAAAUCUUAAGUGCCAAAGUCGUGGAUGCGGAGGGGAUUCUUCGUGAGGCAGAUGAGACGAUGAUGUUAGGCAUCCGAGGAGCAGGAGGAUUUGUCGGCGUGAUUGUGGAAGUAACUAUCAAGAUAUAUCCUUCAAAUCAGAUUUUGGCAGGGGCCAUUUUUUAUCAAUCGGAUGACCUACCGGAGACUAUCCGCCGGUACAAUACCAAUUAUCUCCAACUGAAAGAUACCGAGAGUAUCCCACAAUAUCUGAAUUUAUAUCAGUGUAUCUCAAAUGGACCGACUGGGCAGGCUCUCGUGAUAUUGAUGAUCUGGGCUUCAUCUGAUAUGGACGAAGGACAAAAAUGGCUCUCGAAGGUUUCAUCAUGGGCCCCUGUCGCAAUGAAUACCGUCGCGCCGACAACAGUGGCGGCAUUCAACGAAGUCACAGCUGGCCUUGUCCCCCAAACCACCUAUGGGUCGAUGUACACCGCAGAUAUCCAUGAGUUGACUCCGGAAGUACUUGAUGUUAUCGGUACUCAUGCACCGCUACAGCCCAACCGUGAAGUCUUAUUUGGAGCUCAUGAACUCCGUGCUGAUACUCCAAGUUCUGGAACUGCCAAUACUAACACUACCUUUGACACUCGGAUUCCACAUUUCCUUAUUGAAAUUAUUCCCAUGAGUUCGUCUCAAAACACAGCAGGCGCUGCAAUUGAAUGGGGGCAAAGGUUCUAUCAUGCUCUGAUGAGCACGGACUCGGCAAAUAUUCUGGCUUCAACUUACAUAUCCCUGACACCUUCUGAGAGAGUCGACAAAAACGCAAUCUAUGGAAGUCGAUAUGAGACUUUAAAAAUGAUCAAGGGGCGAUAUGAUCCACAGAAUGUCUUUAAACAUUCGCUAGUCCAGUUUUGA